UAAGGGGAGCUGGCCAUGACUCUUUCUCCUCCAUUGGAUUGUAAUCCCAUGCACUUCUCUCUCACCAGGCGUUAGGCGAUUGUGUUUUAGGCAGGGAAAAGAUUUAGUUUCGGUUGUUUUUCCUUGAUGUCAAUGAUUGCUUAUUAGCUAACUUCGCCUCUUUCGUUCGUUCGUCCGUCUACCUUGCCUCAAACAUCCAUCCAUCAAUUUAAUACCGACAACAUUGAGCAUUGAUUCAACACAGACACCCGCAAACGAAGAUUGAUACCGGAGAUGGAGGAGUCAUUCUCUGUCUCUGCAACGCCACCAGCGCCGGAUCAAGGGGGCCGGCACCGUUCGAUCUUCGCCAAAUCCAAGCAUCCUGUUAUCCUUAAGUUCGAAGAUGUGGUGUACAAGAUCAAUACCGAGACUAGCAAUUACAAAUGCGUGACGGAAAUCAGGAAGAAGCUGAAGUCGAAAAAGGGUGGUAGCAGCAGCAAUAGUGACAGCGAGCGUGAAAUUCUAAAAGGCCUAUCUGGAGCGGUAGUUCCAGGUGAAAUGCUAGCAAUGAUGGGUCCAUCGGGCAGCGGGAAGACCACCCUCCUUACCGCCCUCGGCGGGCGCAUGUCUGGUGGGGGCCACGUUUCCGGCAGCAUAACCUACAAUGGGCGUCCCCUAUCCAACGGCAUGCGACGCAACAUGGGCUUCGUCACGCAGGAUGACGUUUUGUACCCUCAUCUCACUGUCACUGAGACCUUGGUCUACACCGCUCUCCUCCGACUCCCUAAAUCACUCUCGAAGCAAGAAAAGGUUUCACAAGCCGAGGCAGUCAUGGGCGAGCUAGGACUCAACACUUGUCGCAACAGUAUCAUUGGUGGUCCUAUGUUGAGAGGAGUGUCAGGAGGAGAGAGGAAGAGAGUUAGUAUUGGUCAAGAGAUGUUGAUCAACCCCAGUCUUUUAUUUCUCGAUGAGCCUACCUCCGGGUUGGACUCGACGACGGCGCAGAGGAUUGUGUCGACACUGUGGGAGUUGAGUAAGGGAGGGAGAACGGUUGUGAUGACUAUUCAUCAGCCCUCUAGUAGGCUCUUCUACAUGUUUCAUAAGUUAUUGCUGCUGUCUGAUGGCAAUCCUGUGUAUUUUGGCAAGGGGUCUGAGGCUUUGGACUACUUUGCCAGAAUCGGAUAUGUGCCCGCUGUCCCUAUGAAUCCUGCUGAUUUCCUUCUAGACCUUGCCAAUGGUGUAUUGUCUGAUGACACCUUGGAUAACCGGAUAGCUAUUAAGGAAGCUUUGGUCACAGCGUACAAAUCUCAUGUCCAGAAUAGGGUGAGGGAUGAGGGACGAGAGGUUACCAGUCACUUCAAGCAAGAGGAGCCGGAGACAAAUCAGUGGACGACAUCAUGGUGGGAACAAUUCAAAGUGUUGCUCGAAAGAGGUAUAAAGGAAAGGAGACAUGAAUCCUUCUCUGGCCUCAAGAUUGCACAAGUUCUUGUGGUAGCUGUGGUAUCAGGAAUCCUCUGGUGGCAGUCUGGAGCUCAUGUCCAGGAUCAGGUAGGACUACUUUUCUUCAUCUCAGGAUUCUGGGGGUUCUUCCCAGUGUUUCAAGCAAUAUUCACCUUCCCACAAGAGCGAAUGAUGCUAACGAAAGAGAGGUCAUCAAGAAUGUACAGGCUUUCCUCCUACUUCAUGUCUCGAGUAGUCGGGGACUUACCGAUGGAACUAAUCCUUCCCACAGGAUUCAUAACCAUAGUCUACUGGAUGAGUGGCCUAAAACCAACAGCAGCCAAUUACUUUACCACCCUCUCGGUUUUGCUUCUGUCAGUCUUAGUAGCACAAGGUAUUGGACUCGCAAUUGGUGCUCUCAUCAUGAAUCUGAAGUCCGCAGCCACACUGGGGUCUGUAAUUAUGCUCACAUUUAUGCUCGCUGGUGGAUACUAUGUUCAGAAUGUGCCUGUCUUCAUCUCUUGGAUCAGAUACGUCUCCAUGAGCUUCUACUCAUUUAAACUUCUUGUUGCCUCCCAGUACUCUGCCACCGAUACUUACGGAUGCAAUCCAAUGGCUACCUGCAAAGUCGCAGAUAUUCGUUCAGUAGACCUUGUGGGGUUUAGCCAUCGUUCAGCAGCAAUUAUGGCCAUGUUUGCUAUGCUCUUCGCAUAUAGAUUCAUCGCUUACUUGGCCCUCAUGAGGAUUGGUGUCACCCGCUGAAGCAUGCAUGAGUUUUAUGAAGCCUUUGUUCAAAAAAUGGAAGGAAUAACUACUACUGUCGUCAACUGAUGAAAAAAGCGAGGGAAAAAACAAACCAAGCAUAGAUUGUUUUUUGAACGAUUGUUACUCAGCUUACUGAUAGGUGUUAACAAUACAGAAACAAGAGUACUUGCAUACAUACACACAGCCUAGUCUAGAAAACAUUUACUAAGAAUAAAAUGUUAUGUCAGCAGAUAAAUGUUCGAGCAGAAUUGUUGUGAGGGUCUCAGGUGGGAGUCGUACUGUAAACAGAAAAUUUGGUAAUGAUACUAAUUAUAAAACAAUACAAAAUUUGGAACAUCUCUGUCCAGUGCGAGUAUGGUGUAAUUCCUGCGACUCUUAUUAAUUUCAUAGCCUACUAUAGAUAUUUCAGUUCCACAUGAUAAGGCUAAGGUUUCUUAAUAGAAGUAAUUGUACUUCAUCUUGCAUUGGAAUUUGAUGAGGAAGAGUAAGUAUAUAGCAGCAUCCACAAAGAUGGAGAGAUUACAAAGUUCAUAUAUGUCACCAUCUGAAGCACUUGAUGUCAUGUGUGGGGAUGCUAUUUUCUUAUAAGUUAGAUGUAAAAAUUAAGGUUGACUUGCAUAAGAGGAUAUGACAGGAAUAUGAGGUACCAAGGUGAAAUAAUAUUCCCAUAAAGAUAACGUGAAGAGAAAUGAAAAGUCAAUAUGAUGAACAAGAUUUAUCUCCAACCAUCUCGAUCUCAUCACCUCAUCAACAGUUUGUCGUGAAAGAUUUUCGCUUCUUUCUCGACGCUGAUACCAUGUACACAACCUCUGGCCUAACUCAGACAAGGUAUAUUCUGAUCAGAUCUCUACAAUGAAGUGGAACGGCCAAUGCUAAACUUGUCCUCGAACUGGUUGCUUCUGGUGUCGAACCUUCAUCCCAUAAUGAUGUUCUACACUCCGAUGUCAUUAAUACAUCUAUCGAGCUCUUUAGUGCCUCUCCGUGGCUAACGCGGAUAUUGCUUACACCAUUAAUAGACUAGCCAGCAUAUAUUACGCAUCAUCCUACAAGACAGAUGCGGGAUGCGAGCUGUUAAGCGGAUCCUUCGAGCUAACGAUUGAUCAAGGUCUUUCCUCUUCCCCCACUCCAGUCUCAAGCAGGCCUAUUUGGAUCUGGAUUGGUGCAGUAAACCUAUUGAUCCUCAUCCUCUAAGCAGCUUAGGUAUCUUCAUAGGGAUAAGUUUCGUCUCGAGAAGCUCAAAGAAGCAACAUGCGUGCUCAAGCACAAAAUCUGAAGUUCGAUUCAUCUCCACCAUGCAUCGAUCAAAUAAUUGAUAAUAUUUUCAUCAGGGUUUGUCCACUACGAGGCUUAAUUAUCUCAAAUUCAAAUCCAAAUCCAAGCCAUUGGUGCACGACCACCCUGUCGUCUUGCAUUGACAAAAUUUCAUGAUCAGUAGCAAUUAGUUCCUGAAAUCCAACAAUUGAUCACUGAUCGUAUGUUCUCUUUCAAGAUUAUAGUGAUGUGUUGCAAUAGAUUAUGUUAGAUUUUAACUGUGCAUUACGAUUCAAAUUUAAAUUAAAAAAAAAAUCUUUCAACGCAUGUUGUAUAUACAAUUAUAUAAAGACAUAUAUUCAAAAAUACAGGAGAAGCUUCACGGUUUCUUUAAUGAAGACACUAAAGUUUGAGUAGCAUAUUUAGCAGUAAUGUGAGAAACCUUCCAACUCGAAAUACAAAAUCCAUCUUGGUCGUUCGAUUAGAUUAGCUAGGUCUCAUAAAAUUUUACAAAAAAGAGAAACAUAAUCGUUCUACACCGAGGAA